GAGGGGGCGUGGCCCCACCGGGUGCUUCCGGUCUGGCGGCGGCGGCCGUUGACGUGGCGGCAGGUGGCGGCGGGGCCACGCGCCGGGCGGGCUUCUCCGGGAAGAGUUCGGAAUAAGCAGUUUCAGGUGAACAAGUUCCACGUAACCAAAACAAUGUUUGCAGAUUUGGACUACGAUCUUGAGGAAGAUAAGCUAGGGAUCCCCACUGUACCUGGGACAGUGACCUUGAAGAAGGACUCCCAGAACCUGAUUGGGAUCAGCAUUGGGGGAGGAGCACAGUACUGCCCCUGUCUCUAUAUUGUCCAGGUAUUUGAUAACACUCCAGCAGCCUUAGAUGGCACCGUGGCAGCUGGCGAUGAGAUCACAGGAGUGAAUGGGAAGUCUGUGAAAGGGAAGACCAAAGUGGAGGUGGCCAAGAUGAUACAGAGGGUAAAGGGAGAAGUGACGAUACACUACAACAAGCUUCAGGCCGACCCAAAACAGGGCAAGUCUUUGGAUAUCGUAUUGAAGAAGGUAAAGCAUCGACUGGUAGAGAACAUGAGCUCAGGGACAGCGGAUGCCCUGGGGUUAAGCCGAGCCAUACUUUGCAACGACGGACUGGUGAAGAGAUUGGAGGAGUUGGAGAGGACUGCAGAGUUAUACAAAGGCUUGACAGAACACACCAAGAGUCUUCUCAGAGCUUUCUUUGAGCUGUCACAGACACAUAGAGCAUUUGGAGACGUUUUCUCUGUCAUUGGUGUACGGGAGCCGCAACCAGCUGCCAGCGAAGCCUUUGUGAAAUUUGCUGAUGCCCAUCGCAACAUUGAGAAGUUUGGGAUUCACCUUCUGAAAACAAUUAAGCCGAUGCUUACUGACUUGAAUACGUACCUGAAUAAGGCCAUUCCUGACACAAGGCUGACUAUCAAAAAGUACCUGGAUGUCAAGUUUGAAUAUUUGUCUUACUGCCUGAAAGUCAAGGAGAUGGAUGAUGAAGAGUACAGCUGCAUUGCUCUGGGUGAACCCCUUUACCGGGUCAGCACUGGGAACUACGAAUACCGCCUUAUCCUACGUUGCCGGCAGGAGGCUCGCACGCGCUUUGCCAAGAUGAGGAAGGAUGUGCUAGAGAAAAUAGAGCUCCUGGACCAGAAACACGUGCAAGACAUCGUGUUCCAGCUCCAGCGUUUUGUCUCCACAAUGUCCAAGUAUUAUGACGAUUGCUAUGCUGUACUCCGAGAUGCAGAUGUCUUUCCCAUUGAGGUGGACCUUGCCCGCACUACUCUGAACUAUGGGCAGAAGGAUGCAUACACGGAUGGGGCAGAGGAAGAAGAAGGAGGAAGCGAGAGAGAGGGUAGCGGGAAGGAGGAUGCAAAUGGUGAAAAGCUUAUUGAUGAUGCAUGAAUGCGCCAGGAUGGCCAGAGGAAAGACUUUGCAGACUGUUAUAAAAACAUAUUUCAUCUGGCGAUUCAUCCUCUGUGACUUUAUGUGUAUGUCCAGCCUGGGAUUCCUCUUCUGCUUUGGGUGGUGGUAGCUGGUUGGAUUGGGACCAGCCUCUGCUUUCCUCUCUUCUUCCCUUCCUUGUUUGCCUGGAUAUUUAUUUUUUUCUCUAGAGACUUCUGCUGCGCAGCUUGGGUACUGAGGUGUGGAAAGGAACAUCCCCUACCACACCACUGUGUGACUCUGUGUGCAGACGAUGUGGGAUGCACCAUUGCCCCUGGCACAUAGAGGCCAAUUAAACAUAUGGAGGUGAUUAUGCAGAGCAAAACCAGCCCCUUCUGUCCUCCGCUUGUGCUAUGGGAAGGUGUUAGCACCGGCACUGCUUUCUUCACUCCACUGCUUGCUGUCUUCAAGCUUCCCAUUCUCUGGCCUGUUUUAAGCUUCCUCUGUUUCUCCCUACUGUCCCCAUGGGCUGUAGGAUCGAUAUUUGUAGGAUGAUCACUCCCAGCUCUGUGCCACUGUUCUUAAGAAACGGGAACAAGUCCAAGCUGAUGCCUAGACCUGGUGGUGCUACAUGGAAUCUGAUUACCUUCCAUCCAAGGGGCUGGUGGCAGCAGUUGACUGGCACACUGAGCUGCUGCAAAGACUUAGAAGUCUCUUCCCCUGGAUCCUGUCCUCCUCGUAGUCACUGAGAUCCUGCACGGCUGCCACUGUCUGCACGCUCCAUAGCUACACCCCAGGGCUAGAAUGCUGCGUGAUGUGGCUUUGCCUUUUCCUGCAGGAAAGAGGGACCUGGCUUAGGAAAGAGCCCUCCUAAAUGGCAGAGAUGCUGAAGUGAAUGUGCUCGUCUGAGGCAGAUGGAUUCCUGGAAAUAACAGCAAAGCUGAAUGCAUCUCCUUUCCAUUGUUCUCUCUUAUGGCUGCUUGUGAUGGAAAAUAACUGGGUGUGCUUCUUGCAGGUGUGCAGGCAGUCCUGCACUCUCUUUCCUUGUGCCAGUGCCAGGAGGAGGCACCGUAGAACCACACAGGAGAUAUCCCAUCGUUAAACUAGAGAGACAGGAAGCCUUGUGAAGAGAGGAAGACGCGGCCUGUAGGCAGAGACUUUGAGAUUUUGAGUGCCAUGCGUGAAAAGCGUGCCGUCCCUACCAUUAGCUGCAGUCCUCCCUGUAUGGCUAUGUUGUGCUGCCUCUGGGCCAGCCAGAAACUGUAGCUAACAUGCUAUUUUCCCAGCACAAGGGAAGGAGGGAAAGGAAAACAAAGGUAAGUGAGGCUGCUCCUUUCCUCCUUCCUUUUUGCUUCUCCCUCCACCCUUGUGGGCUGAUCCCAGGUGCAGAUGGCACUUUCUCGCUUAGUGGGCAACAUGACUGCCAGGAGUAGUGUGGCAAGGGUUUUCACUUCUCUGUCGUUACAUUCCAGUAGUAGUGAGAGAAACUAUUUAAGGGCAUUAAUUUAUGAUCAAGGUGUUUGGUUUGUUUUUUUCUCUUUGAUUUGUUUUCGGAGUUUCAUCAUCUCUGUGAGUGCCUAGAAGAAAGCCAUCUGUGGUCAAGCUGCUGUGGAAGAUUUAAAUGGACUCUGAUCUACUGAUUGUUGCCUCUGAUAAAGAAAAAUGUGACAUUUUGAUUCUUGUCCUUCACGGGUUUUCUUUAGAGAUUUGUUUGCUCUUCCUCCAUUGGUUCUAAUCUUAAAAUUCAAUGAUGGGAAGAUGGGUGUCAUGUGCUGGGCAUGUUCUUUUCUUGCUCAUGCUGGUGGACAAUCUCUAUGCCAAGCUACGGUGGUCACUGCAGCACAGGUUUCCGAGGCGUAAGCUUAUAAAUGCUAUAGGUGGCCAGUCCUCCAUGUAAUACCAGCUGCUAUGCAUCUUGGGUUCCCAGGGGAACACCAGCCCUUUUAAAGCCACUAGUUGCCUUGGCCCUACCUGGUGACACCCUUGCAUCCCUCCAGUGCCAACUUCUCCACACGGCUCAGCUGUUGCAUCACAAGCUUGAGCUGAUGCUUAAGUCCCUGAUCCUCUUUCAGAGUUGUUUGUUGC